AUGAUGAGACCAAUCACAAGGAAGAAGGUGCGUGCGAAUGAAAGAGUAAACAGAAAUCAAGGAAAACCAGAUCUCAUAAGUACACUACCAGAUGGCGUUUUAUCUUCCAUCCUCUCUUCUCUUUCCAUCGAUGAAGCUGUGAGAAGCAGCAUCCUUUCAAAGAGAUGGAUACCUUUAUGGAAGUAUGCUCCACACCUUGACUUUGAUGGCACUCGCAUGAUGAAAUCAUUUGUUAAUGCAACGGGUAAAGAUGCUCGAGAAUAUGGUAAGCUUGUUAAUUCCAUAUUACAUCAUCAUCUUGGUGAUUUGAUUAGUUGUCGAUUUAUACAUUUGCCUAAAAAUCUUAUUGUUGGGGAUGUGAAAGGAUGGAUUGAGUAUGUGAUGGAGAAAAACAAAAAGAUGACUCAUUUGAGUCUAGAAUGUUGGAGUUCAAUUUGUUGCUAUGAUAUAAAAGAUAUGAAACCUAAUUUUCGAUCUAAGAUAUUUUCGGUCUUGUGUUCAUUGGAAUUAACAAACUAUGUUCUAGCGAGAUCAGUUUUAUCUGCGUUUGAAAGUUGUGAAAAUUUGAAGAUCUUGAAAUUGAAGAAGAUGAAAAUGAAGAACGAAACCAUCAAUGGAAUUUUGAAAAAAUGUUUGGGUUUAGAAAAGUUUAGUCUUAUUGGUUCAAUCGGAUUCGAUAUACUCAAAAUUAAAAGCCCUGGUCUUAAGUUUUUGGAGCUUAAGAAGUUAAGGGUCAAAGAGAUAGAAGUUUAUGCCGAGGACCUUCAAGUUGUUGUGAUUGAUUCUCUAGUUUGCCCAGGAAAAUGUCUUAAAAUUUAUUCUCAAAAUCUUAGGACAUUUUCAUCUUCAUAUGAUCAAACCACACAAAUGAGUCUGAAAACUCAUGAAAUUCUUGAAAAUUGCAGUGAUCUUUUUGAAUAUCAAAUGACCAACAUUUUUCUAUUUCUAUUGACUUUGUCAAUUGAAUUGAAUUUGAAUAAUCUUAGAGAAGUUUUGCCCCUUUCAUACAUACUAAGGUCAUGUAUCCAUCUCAAAACUCUUGAAAUUACUAUACCGAUAGUUGAAGCUUUUGAAGAUUGUGAACUACCGUAUCCUAAGUCAAUUUUUUGGGAAAGACAACAAAUGUAUAACUGUAUCAAUCACAAGAUAAAAUUUGUAACAAUGAGAGGAUUUACAGGAAAAGUGCAAGAAGUGAAAUUUUUGAAACAUUUAAUUACAAGAGCAUGUGUUAUGGAAAAGAUCAAUGUGAUUUGUGAUUCAAGGUUUGUUGAUGAGGCAAAUGAUCUAUUAUCACUACCAAGAGCUUCACCUUACCUGUCAAUCAUAGUGAAGUCUAAAACCUGA